AUGGCGGAGCAUACGUUCCUGGGCACUUGGGAGAUCGUUUCAUGCACUUUUGAGCUUAAAAAAGAAAUCUCCGGCUUGGAAGGGAUUAAAUUUCGACUGGAUGAUACGAAUGAUAUUACUUGGUAUAAUGAUUUAGUUAAUCCACUUCCUGAAUCAAAAGACUGCGGCACUUGCUGCGAUUCGGCGAGUGUCUUAUUUAGUUGUGAAACCUUCGAUGUGAACGAAACGAAUCCACGCUUAGUAUUCGGCGCGUUUGCUGGGCAUAGUAUAGAAUUUAGGACUAACACUUUAACACCGACUGAUACGCUAGUUUUGGAUUGUGAAAACUGGUAUGCAUUGGAAUGUAAACGAUUGAAAGAGUGUCAUGCAGCAGGUCAAGAGAGGGAGUUCUCUUUCGCGGAAGCGCUGCAGGAAUCAUACUUUACAGAUGUAAUCAUCAAAAGCUCGGAUGGUUUUGAUUUCCACGUACAUUCAUCCAUUUUGCGUCUAAAUGGUUUUGACUGCAGCAUGUGUGUGAUUUCCAAUGGAACAAUACUGCCGCAGCAGCCAACCUCUUGCAAAAGUCACGACAAAACGCAGAAAUGUCAGAACAGUGAUAAUGCUUAUGCCGUACAUAGUACCCAUGGUACCAAUCCCAUCAAGAUCUCCGUGACGCUACCCAUAUCAAACUCGAAAAAUAAUGAUGAUAAUCAAAUAUCUUUGCCACGCCUCAAUCUCUCACCCAUUUAUUUGCAACCGCCAACUGAAUAUGCAAGCGCUGCCACAAACAGCGGCUUAGUGGCUAAUCGUGGCGCACAUUUGUCAAAUUCUUUCAAUUGUCUCUCGACCAACAGUAAUGGCGCACAUUCUGGUAAAAGUGCAACGCAUGGUGAAGGCGCUGGCAUGCGGCGUUUUCCGCCCACUUCGAACUCGGAUUCGCAUCUUGAAACUCAGUCUCACUGUAGAAAUAUAUUCAACUUUUGUCAAGAUUUCUUACUUCAACCGACGGACACAACAACUAUAUGCAAUACACGACGUCCACCCUUAUCACCAUAUCGUGCACGCAGUCCUUCACCAUUUCCCAGCUCCAUGGACACACCGCCUUCUUCGCCGUUGACACCAGUUGGAGUUUUAUACAACUUGCCAACAUUUCUACUGACGCCAGUACUGCAUUGGCUCUACACGGAGUCACUGAUGCCCGAUAUGGACGAAAACGUCUGUGAGAAAUUGAUGAAUUUUGCAGAAACGCAACCGUCGCUUACGAAAAUGGUGGAACCAACGAGAAGAUAUCUCAAGCUUAUUCAGCUGAAAAAGUUUGUGGUUAAUACGCUAAUGGAUUCACAUACCGUGCUCAAUCAUAUUAUACAAGCAAUCAAUCCCAUUACCAUACUACACGAACCCGCCUCACUCUAUGCGACAUUCAAAGACUGUCUCAAAGAGUCUGCUAUCGGAUGUGCCAAAGUAUUGCAGUUUUGUAAUAUUUUCAUUCGAGAUGCCGCUGAUAUCACUCGCUACCAAAAGAAUGAGAUCAUUAAAUAUGUGCGUACAAGAGUACCAAUUUUUAUGUCGCAAAUACAUCAACUUCUGCGUAAUAUUUUGAAUGUUUUCUUGAGUCUAACGGGAGAGGAGAAAGCAGAUUUAGUUAAUUAUUUGGUACCCGAAAUUGGAUCUGCACUAGCAGUAUUGACUGAGGUGGCAGAAGAAAUCAAAAACUCUUUGGAAAAAAUGUGCAAAGAUUUGAAUUGUUCACAUUUGGAUUUAUCAGUGAGACAAAAGCAGACGGAGAAAAACGCUUUUAUAAGCGCCAAUGUGGUUUUAGAAGAUAAUGGCGUACCGUUGUUUAGUCCACCACCUAUGUCACCAAGACCAAGACGAGGUCCUCCGCCGGGACUUACGCUUUACGAUAGCCCAACAGACAAAUCACGUCUAACGAGCGCCGAGAAUGAUCUUAAAUUCGUUUUGUAUAUGUAUGAAGUAAGAAAGAUGCGUGAUAUUUACGGGCGGAUCGCCACAGCGCUUGAAAUUAUCAAAGACAAAAAGACUGCGUACUGUGAAAUGGACUUUUUGAGCAAAAGAAGCACGAUUAAUCAAAAUUUGGAACAACUCAUCAUCGAUAUACCCACUUACAUUCUGAUUAUGGAAAACCUUUCCGAUCGAGUGGAUGAAAAGUUGGGUUGGAAGGAGUUUAAAUUCUGCUUUAAAUUGGCGACAAGUCAAAUUAACGGUGUAAUUGUAAAGCUUCUUGAUCACAAGUCUGCGCUGCGUGACUCUAUUAGUAAUGUAUGUAAGCUGGUGCAAAAGCAUGAAUUUACCGAAUCUCUAAUGGAGCUGGGGCUUUUAGAGCCCUCCAAUAUACUUGAGCACGAAUUAAAGUUAACAGAACUGGAUAACAACAUGGAAACGUUAACCGAUGAGUUUGCUAUGGAACGCCGACGUUCAUAUGAUUACAAGAAUGUUAAGUUAAAUUUGACCAAACAUUUGUGUGAGCCACCCACCGCUGCAUAUAGUAAUUUAUCGAAGAAUGCCUUGCGCUUAUUGCACUCAGCUCAGUUGGCUGAUAUGGAAUUCGAGGUGCACACUUAUACGCAGAGCGAUAGUCAGUUGCCUGGCAUAACAGUUUUGAACAAGGAUGACAUAGAGAUGCCGCAAGCGCAGGAUCAUGCACAGUCCCGGCAUGCGGUGCAACUGCUGCGACCAUCAACACAAGUGCACACAUUUCGGGCACAUAGAGUGAUUGUGUCGGCCCGCUGUGAGUGGUUUAAGAAGGCGCUGCUCUCUGGCAUGCAAGAAAGCAUUAGGAGAAAAAUCGUAAUAACCGAUACUUCGCCGGUGAUAUUUCGUCGCUUGUUACUUUACAUCUAUGGCGCACCGAUAGACAAAACAGUGGGUGCUGAACAGAUUUGUGAAUUGAUGCUUUUGGCUGAUCGCUAUUCCAUCUGUGAUUUAAAAGAACUUUGCGAAAACACAUUAAAUUCACAAAUCGACGAGGAGUCUGUGCUUUGCUUGCUGGGCAUUGCGGAUCAUUACAUGGCAACAGCGUUGAAGACCAAUUGUCUAUCGUUCCUCUCUCAGCAUGCGAAUAUUACGAAACAGGAAAUGUUCAGGGAGCUGCCGCAAUCCUUACAGUUGGAAGUAAUGGAUUUGGUACAUUGGUAUGGACGCGUCUCUGAGCCUUGGAGUGAUGGUUUCAAGUCCCGCAGCGCAUCACGUCACAGCUUGAAAAGCCCUUCUAAGCCACGCUCUAGGUCGCGCAAAUCAUCACCUUCUUACAUCUGACGUUGACUGCGAAUUGCUUUGGCUUUAGGGAAAAAAACGAAAACAUACAGCCGCGAACUUGGGUAGAUAGAACUAAAAAUCUGCAUGUAAAAAUCAUUUUCGGAUAGCAAGGAAAUAGCAAUAUGUAUAUACAUUGCAAAAGUAAAUUCCGAGAAAUGAAAGGUUUUGCUAAGGUUUGCAAGUGAAGCUUUUUUAUUCAAAGCUUGCAGACUACAUAACAUUGAAUUGGCGCUGCAGGUGUAUGCAAAGCUUGAUAAGAACCCAAUAAUUCACUGAAUUCAUCGUGAUUGAAAUAUAGAACGGUCCUAAUUGGCAUUUAUUCGAAAUUUUCUUCAUUACAUUUGUAAGCAGCUUAACAAUUGUUAGCUUUUAAAUUUUUGGAAAUUUCUUAUUUUCAAUUGCGCAAUUCACUUCAAAGAAGAUCUAACUGUAUUACAAUAGAGACAGAUGCAUACACCUUAACGUAUAUAGUAUUUUGUUAAUGCUUUUUUUUUAACCACUUUGAAAAUUGAAAAUGAUGAGUUAGGACCUCAUUACAAACUAACACAUGUAAUAUAGCACAUCGAUUUGUUCAAAUUUUUCUUCCAAAACUUUUGUUAAUGCUAGACGUGCGUGUGCUUGUAUUUAGGUGUGAUUCUAAAAUUAUUGUGUUGUAUUGAAAUUUUUCGAAAUGUUAGCUAAAAAAUGGUAGUUUACUUUUUAAACUAUACAUACUUAUAUAUAUUGUAUAAUAACUCUAUGGUACUGAUACAUAUCCUUGUUAUGUACUUGUACAUUUGUUAAAUAUUGUAUUCUCUGAGCAAACUUUUAUCUGUGUUGAAAGUAUUAAGUAUUAUGUAUAAGCGAUUGAUUUAUUUAGACAAAUUUACCAUUUUGAAAAUGUUUAGCUAACAUGUUGUGUUACAUACAUAAGUGUAAACGAAGUUUAUAAUGUAUUUUAUGGGGAACAGUCAUACAUACAUACAUACAUACAUACAUACAUACAUAUUUUUAUGAUGCAACUUAUCGUGCUGUUUAACUUAAAACCAACAAAAAACAAAGAAACGUAUUUACAUGUAUUUUCUAGUUGUAAUUGAGAUAUGUAAAACUAUAAGACAUUUUGAAACUAGAAAUGCAACAACAAAAGCAACACGAGCCAUUGAAUAGUUUAAGUGAAGAUGAAUCUUUAUGUAAAACGCCGUGGCUUAAUUAAAGCAAAUUACAAACUGCAUUAAACGCAAUAGAAGAAAUGAUUUCCCGUAAUUUUAAUGGAAGAAUAGAAAUAAGUGAUGUACUAAUUAAUGCAUAAUAUUCACUAAAUAUAUUUAUUGUUGUCUUUUAAUUCUUUCAACAAACCAAAAUAAAUUGUCUAUUCAAAGU